GGACAAGCGACCAGUUGACCCAACACUAACAACAAGCGUCAAGAUGGUGACGGCUGACACGCCUCAAAAAUCUGUCCAGUAAUUAGGUACCAAGAGUUUGGUGCUAAGAUCUUCCCUAACACUCCUGGUAUGAACCUUCAGGGACAAUCUCUCAUUAACUGGGAGGCAUCAACACCCCCAUUAACUACAUAUACCUCCACUCUGCCAAGACCCAUUUUGACAACAUUUACCCUGGUCCUCAAGUGAUACCAUCACUAAACAUCCAGGUACAUCAAGGUGUCGUGAGUGAACAGCAAAAACUGUCUCCCGAAGUUAAUAAUCCAGUACCGGCUGCCAGGUCGUGGAUCUCCAAUGGUAUGGAGAAUGAGCCAGUUUGCGAAGUUCAACCCACACAUUCAAAGAUGAUGGCAACAGUAAAGGUCGAGUGCAAUGGAGAAAAUGAUGCAGAAAAAAGUGAUGCCACAGCCAGUGGACAACCUGAUACACCUACACCCUCCAAGGAGCCACCAAAGCGCCUCCAUGUCUCAAAUAUUCCCUUUAGAUUUAGAGAUCCUGACCUGAGGAACAUGUUUGGUAAAUUUGGAACAAUCCUUGAUGUGGAAAUAAUCUUCAAUGAACGAGGAUCAAAGGGCUUUGGUUUUGUGACUUUUGCUUCAGCAGCUGAUGCGGAUCGUGCCAGAGAAUCUCUGAACAGUACUGUGAUGGAAGGCCGCAAGAUUGAGGUGAACAAUGCCACUGCCCGUGUUCAGACCAAAAAACCAGCAGCAACAGUUCCUAACGUUAUAGUCGCUAGAAAUGGAAUGGUGCCAACUGCCUUGGCGGCGGCCCUCCGAGGUGUUGCGAUCCAGCGUGGCAGGGCUCGGACGUAUCCGGCCACUGCCCUUGCACGUCAUUCCACCCCACUAACAGCUGCCGCCACAGCUCUGCAUGGCUACACACCCGGAGUAUAUUAUGACCCCUUCUUAGCAGUACAGGCGGCUGCUGCAUCUUCUCUUCAGAUGAAUCCACAAGCAGCUGCAGCCGCAGCAGCAGCAAUGGGCCAGCCAGGUGCAUUCAACCAUGCCACUAUGGGGACCUCAGCUGCUCAUUUCCUUAAAACACCACCACUCUCUGUUUCAACGGCCCAGCAGGCAGGAUAUGCAGCAGCAGCAAAUGCCUACACAGCUGCUGCAGCACGGGCUUAUGGAGUAGCUGCAGCAGCUGCUCAGCCUACAGCAAUGGCUGCCUAUCCCACUCUUGCAGCUGGACAAAUGUAUUACAGUGACCGGUCCUACCUCGACCCCUACAUCACGGCAGCUUCGGGUAUUGGUCCUAUGGCUGGCUAUGGGGCGGUCUACAGAGGCAGCUACAAUCGCUUCACACCAUACUGAGGAUUUCAUGCUUGUGUUCAUUAAAUAACUUGACAGUGCCGUUAUCAACAGCUGUGGCAGUUUGGUUAGAGGACUUAACUCCCAGCCUCUGACCACCUCUUGUUAGAAAUGUCCCAUGGAGUAUCACCAUCAGAUGGGGUCAGUUCACUUCACUUUGUUGACAGUCAGUUCUUCAUACCAGCAUGCAAAGAGCGAGGUUCCUUUGUGAUAACUCUCUUCCACUUGUGUUUAUGGGGCUCUUCUUGGUAAGAAUUAGCAGCUUUGUAGGGCAGCUCAAAAUAACAACUUUAUAAGGCUGUCAAUGAUCUGUAAUUUUAUGGGAUUUUCAAGGAAAAAACUUUAUAGGGUUCAUCUAAGGAGCCUUUUCUAGAUAACUUUAUUUGGCCUAUCUAGGUAAUAGAUUUAUGGAGGUUAUUUAGUUAACAACUUUGUCAGGAAGGCCUUCCUCAUAAUGGAUCCCAUCUGGACAACAACUUAUCAUUGAAGAAUAAUAGUCACUAUAUAACUGCCUUGUUGAAGACCCAUCAACAGGUUGGUGGCAGCUGGAUGACAGGUAGAGGAUUGGCAGUGCAUCAAUAAUAUACCAUCAUACAGUUUUGUACAAGAGGUGGCCUGGAAGGUGGUGGUGUGAGGCCUCCCACACCAGUUGCACCAACACAUGGACUUUGUGCUCAUGUUACCAUUUUUUCUUGUAAUGUUUUGUGUGAAUUUGUGGACAACUUGGAAACUUGAGUUUCAACCCAUGUGGACUUUUUCUGCAUUAGUGGAGUAAUUGUUAUUAUGCUGAGGGCACCAUAGAGGCCCUUUUCAUGAAAGCAAUUGUGAAAUGAUCUAAACUGGAUUUUUAAUGUAUUCAACGAAAGCGUGACUCAUAUAACCUAUACUUGAACAGUGUAAAUUUAUACACUGAAGGUAUAAUUUAUAACAACCUUAUGAAUCUCCACUUUUAAUAAUAGCCCUAUUGAUAUUAGCUAAAGAAUCUCAUUUUGCUUUAUCACCACAUAUUUUUUUAUUGUUCAAGACUCAAAGUGCAGCGUGGUUUGCACCCACCAUUUAUUAGGGUAUAGUUAUUAUUUUAUUAUUAUGAUGUCAUGACAUCUUAAAUCCCCAAGGCAUUAUAUUAAGAAUGGUUUUGGUAGUGAAAUUUUAUAUUUUGUAUGAUGCAGAACCCCACAUUAAAGGUCACACUUACAGAUAGAUAGUACUAAGUCACAAAUGUCAUUUUUUUCUUAUUGGAUUAAAGGAAGAAAAGAUUAUUGUAGCUUCACGAUCAUUUGUAGCUGGACAAUCACUCUUUUGUUUGGUAAUAUGACAGUACAGUAACUAUAUGGCCACCAUGACUUACUUAUGCUUUUUAGUACAACAAAAAUAUUUGUGUGGGUUCUCCAAUAUACCUCCUUAUUGUUUCUAGGUCAGUACAUUUAUGUAGGUUAAUUCUCCCCCUUACUCUGUACAAUAUUUGCAAAUUUGCACCAAACUAUUGAGAAAAUCAAAUUGUUUGUAGUGAUGGACAGCACAAUCAUUUUCUCCAUAUGUUCUCUCACAAUGAUACUGAUGUAUAUGUGGAUGUUUCCUUGGUGGAUUUUCUGGUAGCACUGUAAUCAGGAAUCUGUGAGCUUUUUACAUUAAUGUUUAUCUAAAUGAUAAGUGUAUUCAUUACAAUAUUAGUGUCAUCUGUGUCUAAGGUAUCAGUGACUAGUGUGUUUUCUCAUGUUUUGUAACUGACAGCUUUUGCUGCAUUGUCAGCACUGCAGUCACGGUGAACUUAGGGUGGAGCAAACGGCAUUGGUACGAGCCUUUACGUAUAUGCCAGCUUGACCUAUGACCAUGAUACUCCUGGUACACCCAGCCAACUGACUGACAUACUCAGAGCUCCAUCCAUGCUCACCAGUGACCAUCCUGCACCUGUCAUCCUUCCUCCUCUCCUCUCCUUAUUGUGCACUUUAUCCAUCAUUCCACUUGUGUUUCCAUGUCUUGGGUCUUUCUCUUGUGAUCCAUUGUUAUGUUUACCUUUGGUCAACUUGAUACUUCAGAACAAAGGACUUCUUGUGUUUAUUUCCCCGAUUGGCACAAAACUGAAGUCAUCGAUAGGGUGCAUUCAGGAGAGGGAAGUUAUGUUUGUGCAUAAGUGUUUAUCUGGUGUUUGUUAGUAGGGAAGUAACAUUUGUACAUUUCCCAUGCUGGCAUAAUAGCAGUUAAUCAUUAGGGUACAACAAGGAAUUAUUCAAAUUUCUUGGUGGUUUUCAAAACUAGAUUUUUAGACAAUAUAUGCAUGAAACUCUCCUGGAUAGUGAUGUGUCUGUGACCACAUAAAGAUUGUCAAACCAAA